AUGACGGAGGGAUUGUCAUCACCUGCUUUGCAGGUAAUCAUAUUGGGUUCGGGAGGUGGUCCCCAAGAAUCAAAUACAACGGCGUUUCUCGUUCGCUCAGUACCCCUCAACUGGCGCAAGGGUUCAAUAGUGGCCGUUGACGGAGGCGUUCACUUGUCAGCCAUCACUCGUCUCAUCGAAGAGGCCUUGCCAGAGUCACCGCCGCCAACACCGACGCCGUCGUCUGUUCCUAGUCGCCAAAUAUUAACCACCGGUCCCUUUGCUGGCCUGGAACUGCCGUUCACCACGGCUGCGGCAAAUGCUGCUCAUGUGACACGCACCCUCGUCGACACCUAUCUCAUCACCCACCCGCACUUAGACCACAUCUCUGCCUUUGUCAUCAACACGGCAGGCUUGCCCGGUACUCGCCCCAAGAAGCUAGCAGGUCUUCCGGGCACUAUCAAGGCUCUCAAGGAACACAUAUUCAACAAUGUCAUAUGGCCAAAUCUUAGUGAUGAAAAUAAUGGAGCCGGUCUCCUGACGUAUCUUCGACUGGUCGAGGGCGGAAGUCCUGCGCUGGGUGAAGGGUAUUUGGAAGUGUGCGACGGGUUGCUCGUCAAGACAUGGAGUGUGAGCCAUGGCCACUGCAUGGAGAAGCACUCACACCGUGGUUCCUUCUGCCACCCAGCGCCGACUCGUCAAGGUAGCCAGGAUGGGUCAAGUAUACCGCUUCGACGUGAUACAUACUACCCGCAUGUUCACGACUUUGCAGCUCAAUUCGCCCGUCGCGAAACUUUCAACCAUCUUUACCCCCCUACAUCCUUCUCACGGCGCCAGAACUUUGAACCACGGCCAUGCGUCAACGACUCAAGUGCGUACUUCAUACGGGAAGAAACAUACGAGCGCGAGGUGCUCAUUUUUGGAGACGUGGAGCCGGAUAGCCUUUCUCUCAGCCCGCGGAAUCUACUAAUCUGGCAAGAGGCGGCGCCCAAGAUCGCAUCCGGAAAGCUGGCGGCUAUCUUUGUCGAGUGCAGCUACACUGACGCACAGCCCGACGAGCGGCUAUUCGGUCACUUGAAACCCGCCUAUCUCAUCGAGGAGAUGCAGGUUCUAGCAAACGAAGUAGAGGCCGCACGAAAGGUCCGUGCCCUUGAGUCUAAGAAGCGCAAGCGGGACGCCGAGGAGGACGUCGAAGUUCAGCGGAAGAAGGUGCCGGUUGUGACCAUGCAGAGCCCGGGGUCUGAUGACCCCGUAUCUCCCAAGUCGGCCAAUCCGUUCAACAUGCCCAACGAUUAUUAUUUCAGCGCCAAAGAAUCCGAUUCCGAGACACCGCACAUCGCCACCCCUACUGGGGAGCUAUCACUAGACGAGUUUGCGGUCGACGGCUCGAUGAUACCUCCGCUCACGCCCGCUAUCACUGCUGCCGCCGAUUCUGCUAUAAAGAAGCCCCUUGAAGGUCUCAAGGUUGUCAUCAUUCACGUCAAGGAGACGCUAGCAGAUGGGCCGCAGGCCGGUGACUCAAUAUUGCAGCAGCUGAUCGAGCAUGAGCGGGGAGCACAGCUGGGCUGUGAGUUUAUCAUUUCCAAACCGGGCCAGAGCUUUUACUUUUGA